AUGGGCGGGUCGGUGCUGCACGCGCGGCGGCGGUCGGACCCCAAGUUCGACCUCCGGGUCUGGGUGCGCAUCCUCCUCGCCGACCUCGAGUUCAAGAAGUACCUCUGGUCGCUCUACAACGCCAAAACCGGCUAUGUGGAAUCGUUGGACGACGAUGUGGAGAUUGUGGUGCCGGACGACGAUCAUGGCCUGUUCGCCAUCGACGUUCUCGAUCCUUCCUGGUUUGUAGAGCUACUGCAUCUGACUAUGGUGUACCAUUUCCAUGAUAUGAUUGAUAUGCUCCUUGACUGUGGAUACGAGAAAGGAACAACACUAUUUGGAUAUGGUUAUGAUUUUCGUCAAAGCAACAGGAUAGACAAAGCAAUGGCUGGUUUGAGAGCAAAACUUGAGACGGCUUACAAGGCCUCUGGUGGGAAAAAAAUAUUUUCAAAGUAUGUCAAUAAAUGGAUUUGCAUUGCUUGUCCAUUUCAAGGUGCCCCAGGAUGCAUCAAUGAUUCUCUUCUAACUGGACUGCAGUUUGUUUAUGGUUUUGAAAGUUUCUUUUUCGUUUCUCGAUGGGCGAUGCACCAACUGUUGGUUGAGUGCCCAUCAAUCUACGAAAUGCUACCAAAUCCAAACUUUGAGUGGAAGGAAAAACCAAUCGUUCAGGUUUGGCGAAAGAAUCCUGAAAAGGAUGGAACAGUAGAGCUAGUUUUGUAUGAAGCAACUGAUUGUGUUUCUCUGUUUGAAGAAGCUUUACAAAAUAAUGAGCUCAAUUAUAAUGGGAAGACGAUUGCACUACCAUUCAAUAUGUCCAUCUACAAAUGGGCUACUGAGACUCGCCGUAUUCUUGAGAAUGCUCAACUACCAGAUACCCCUACAUACACAUACGUGGAUGGAGAUUGCACUGUUCCUGUCGAAUCAGCCACGGCUGAUGGGUUCCCAGCGAAAGAAAGGGUAGGCGUCAGGGCUGACCACCGAGGGCUGCUGUGUGAUGAGAAUGUGUUCAAGUUUCUCAAGAAAUGGCUCGGCGUAAGUGAGAACACACGGGGUAGGGUGUCGAAAUCGCAAAUCAUGGACAUGCCCCCAGAGAGGAUCCCUGAUCAGGGCACGCAGAUGUACCGGUAA